GAUGACGUUUGACACAUAACAAAUAAGUAAUAGCAGCUGAUCAUUUACUAAUUUAGAUCAAACACAAAGAAAUCGCAGGUAAAGGAAAAGUUUGGAAUAAAAUUGUUACCCAUUCGUUAAUCUCAUUUGCUGAUCUUUCAGGCACCAAAGCUACAAAUUACAUCAUACUAUAAAGUUGUCAGUAAUAAAACAUAUCACUGAAGCAAGUGUUCACGGCAUGAAGUUGGAAACACACGGUGGUGACUGAUGUUUAAUCAAAGCACGAAUCUGGCGGACGGAAAAUUACCUGUGUUUGUAUUCCCGACUACCCUGAGCUUCUACUCCGAUGACCAAUCCUCGCAUAAGCAGGUCCUUACUCUGUACAACCCAUACGAGUUCCCACUCAAAUUUAAAGUACUAUGUACAGUACCUCGUAAAUAUACAGUGGUAGAUGCAGAGGGUACAGUCCGACCAAGAUGCUGUGUCGAUGUUGUCGUGAGACAUACAGAUAUUUGUAUCAACAAUGAAGGAGUGAAUGACAAGUUUAGAAUACAGGUCUCUGAACAUGGACAGAGAAAGAUUCUAGGGAAGAAGGAUGUCAAUGCUGUCUUGUUACCUACAAAGGGUCGGGAAGUCACCCCGAACAGGGAGGACAAGUUUCAUGCUCUUGCCCAUUCGAGUCAAGGACCUGACAUACAGGGUCAAUCAUAUACAGAUUCAGAUGUAAGAAAGCGUCCUGUUGGUGGUCCUAGUAUAGUUGUGAUUCUAGCUGGUCUGGUGUGUAUUGUGGCGCUAAUGUUACCCCAGCAAGGGGAUUCCGGCUCAAGAUUACCAGAUUAUAUCCACUUAUCUGUCAACCAAAAGCUUAUAGCAGCUUAUGUUUUAGGUCUGGUGACGAUGUUAAUUCUCCACAUAUGACAGUACUGACAAUCUAGAUUAUCAAACGUAGAUAUUGUGAUAUAACUGCUGACAUAGACAGUUUUUAUACGUUUAAAUCUUCUUUUUAAAAAAUCAGCGAACUAAAAGUGCCGGACUACUUGUACUUACUGUAGCACCUAACAUAACAUCAUGGACUAGGAGAAACAGGUUGAGUCUCUAUCAUAGGAGGUCGUAGUGAAACUGAAAUACUUUUACUGCUCAAUAAACAAAGGAAAA